CGUCGGUGGAGCGGCGCCGGCUCCGACCCAGCGGCGAUGGACCCCGCUCCCGCGCAGAUCGGAAAUUCCGGGCUGCUACUAUUCGUAGGUAGAUCGGUACUCUUGAUCCAGCGCAGAAUCGUACCAAGUACCUAUCAUAAGCGGGCAGGAUAUAAAAAGCAAACGCCAACUCACAGCCGUCACUCACCUCUCCCACCCAACUCACGCCCAACCACCCACCCCUAAAGUCAUCUCCCACCCAUCAGACCGCCAUCCAUCCAUAUAGUCCAACUCUACUCUUACUCCAACACCCACCCCCAAAUCCCAAAAUCCAACUCCCAAAUCCCAAAACUCCAAACCCCAAAAACCCAACUCCCAAAACUCAAACUCAAACACACACAACCACCACCACCACCAUGCCCACCCCAUCCCUCCCAACCCUUCCCCUGGAAACCUCCCACCUCUCCCAAAAGCACGGCCGCGAAACGGCCAACUACUUCUCCGGCAGCCCGCUCAACCGGCUGUCCUUCCUGCGCGCCGACACCGCCUUUUUGCGCGCCGCCUUCGCCCACCGCGACGCCCGCUUCCUCUUGCUCAACGGCCUCGCCCCCCUCGUAUGGCAGGCCGACGGGACGCGGCUCGCGUUCGCGACCUACGCCGACGUGGCGCCGCUGACGGGGCCGGAGCCGUUCGCGCGGACCGAGGAGGAGAUGGUGGCGGGGUUUGAUUCGGGCGUGGAGGGGGUGACGGUGGUGUUUUUGGGGGUGGAUGAGAAGGCGGGGGUGGUGGUGGUGGAUGAAGGGGAGGGGGAAAAGCCGGGGGUGGAGGAGUUGCAGCAGGAGGGGUUUGCGUAUAAGGAUUUCAAGGGCGCGCCGUACUUUGCCGUGGAUGUCACGCCGAGGGGGGGGUUGGCUGGUAAGGCGGAGGCGUUGGUUAAGGGGAUGGUGGAGAAGGGGUGUACGUUCAAGGAGACUACGCCGCGGAGUAUGGGGUUGCAGGCGGGGCAGGCCGCCAUGUACGGGCAGGCGCGCGCGCUGGUGGACUGGAACGCGCGCACGCCCUUCUGCGCGCAGUGCGGGCAGCCGACGCUCUCGGUGCACGCGGGCACGAAGCGGGUGUGCCCGCCGACGGACAGGGCCGGGGUGGCCGAGGGGGAGCCGGCGCGGGCGCGGCGGCCCUGCGCGACGCGCGGCGUCGUGUCCAACCACAGCUUCCCGCGCACCGACCCGACCGUCAUUAUGGCCAUCGUCAGCGCCGACGGCACCAAGGUGCUGCUCGGCCGCCAGCGCCGCUGGCCCCAGUACUGGUUCAGCACGCUCGCCGGCUUCCAGGAGCCCGGCGAGUCCAUCGAGGAGGCGGUCCGCCGCGAGGUCUGGGAGGAGAGCGGCGUGACCGUGGGGCGGGUUAUCCUGCACAGCUCGCAGCCGUGGCCGUUCCCGGCGAGCCUGAUGAUCGGCGCCAUCGGCCAGGCCGUGCCGGGGGAUGGGGAGAAGAUCUACCUGGGACACGAUGCCGAGCUGGAGAGUGCCAAGUGGUUCCCGUUAGAGGAGGUGAAGGAGGCGUUGGCGACAGGGACGAGCAACAUGGGCGAGGGCGCGCCCGAGGGCUAUGUCGAGGGCGACUUAAGGCUGCCGCCGCAGACGGCCAUUGCGAAUCGCUUGAUAACCGCUGUGGUUGAGGAGUGGUGGGUCCAGCCGAAGAUGUAGAAGCGCAGAGGGAGGGGCAGUUAUAGACCGGAUAGAGCAUGAUAGAACAUAGAUGGGCAAGGUGUCAUGGCCAUCGGACUGUGUAAAUUGGAAAGAUUUAUGAAUCCAUCCAACGUCAGCCUCGAAGACAGCAAUCCGGGUUUCAACAUUACGACUCGCGUGCUUUUGGAGCUGGCUAGCUUGACAUACUGCAUGGAAGAACUGUUUACUCCCCGUCGCAUAAGAUUUAAUAAUGAAAUUCUCGAAUCCCGCAGCAUGGGCAUCCACGAAGCAAAAGACUCCAUCUCAACCUGCAAGCUGAGCACAGGAGUGGUGGGUUGCCGAUUCCGCAACAGCAUUCAACGAGCAGCAGCCUCAGCCAGGCGGGCCCCACCAAGCCCCAGCUGCAGCCAAGCCCUAACC